GCAAAGCACGUCACGGGGAUACAGGCACCGCCGGGCACCGCGCGCUCCCUCUCCCCGGGCUGGUGGGCUGCAGCCCCGCACUGCGAGCGGCCGCGGGGAGCCAUGCAACGCGCCGGGAUGGCGGGGCGCGGCGCCCUGCCCCUGCCCCUGCUCUGCCUGGCGCUGGCCUCCGCCGCGGGCUCCGCGGCUCCCUUCUCCCCGCCGCUGGGGGACAUCGGCGCCUGCCAGCAGCGCUGCGGCCACCCCCCAGGCGCAGCCCGGGAUGCCGUGCUCAACGCCUGUUACCGAGGAUGCCGGCUGUUCUCCAUCUGUCACUUUGUGGAUGCGAGCGCCGAGCUGAACACAACCAGAGCUGAAUGUGAAUCAGCUUGUAUCGAAGCCUAUGGCAGCGCCGAGGAGCAGUUCGGCUGCACGACUGGAUGCAGGAAGCAGUUGCCCGAGACGCAGAGCCGGAAAGACAAGAGUCUGGAGCUGCAACCUGUGUCCUUCUCCAUGUUUGACUUGGUCUCCAGCUUUUGCAACGACAUUGUCAGCUCUGCCCAGAGCUUCAUCUCCUCCACCUGGACCUUCUACCUGCAGGCAGACGAUGGCAAAGUGGUGGUGUUCCAGUCCCAGCCGGAGAUCGAGUACCCGGUGCCCGAGGCGCCAGCGCCCAAGUCGGAGCUGAUGGAGAAGUCCUGGCCUGUCUCCAGUCCUAACACCCUGAAGCCCCACACAGGCCCCCAGGAAAAGCUGGAGAAACCCCCCAUGAAAGAGCCAAAGAGCAAAGCCAAGCUCCAGCACCUGGAGACCCAACAACCAGAGCACGACUUCCUGGGCUGCAUGUCCAAGCGGGGGGUGGUGGGGUGCUACAGGCGCUCAGGCCUUCCUCGCUGGAUCCUGGCUGCCUGCCUCUUCCUCUCCAUCAUGGUGAUGUUGUGGCUGAGCUGUGCCAGCCUAGUGACCGCCCCGGACCAGCACGUCAAGACCCAGCCGCUGAGCAUUAACGGCGAUAAGGAGUACCUGGAGGACCUGGAUGGCUCGGCCCCCUUUUCUCUGCACCCUGUGAUCGCUGUCACCAUCUGCCCAGCGGACGACAACGAGGAGGCGGGGCCGCUGCCGGUCAAGGUGGAUCUGGACAAAACCGUGAUCUAGAGCCCCUCCCCCACCCCCCCCAGCCUGUCAUCUCCAUGCCUUAUUUCCUGUGAACAUUUUAAUGCAACCCCCCCCCUUUGUUUUGAUCUGCCUUCCCGCUUUCUGCUGUUUUAAACCCCCGCACCGCACUGUGUCUGAAGAUAACCAUCCUGGGCCAUGAGGGAGCCAUCAGCUUCCGGCCCCACCUCCAUCUAUUGUCCUUGUGCUUGGGAGGGGGAAUUGUUUUCCUCCCCCUGUUCACAAUCUCAGCCCCAGCCGGGAGCGGUACUGAGGGGGUUUCUUGCCUUGUGUCUCCGGUGCUCCAGGUGGGAGCUUUAGUGAGAACAACACGGUCUGUGACCUUGGUUGGCUGGAGUCAGAUGACUGGUGGGAGCACUGGGGGGCAGGGAGAGAGUGCACCCUGCCGUGGGGGCGGGGAGGGAGCGUGGGAGUUGGCGUGGCAGCGCCUGUCUGGAACAGGAGCUGCGUGUGGUGGGGGACCCCUUGGGGUUCACGGCAGAGCCCUCACCUGGCAAGCCUCAGGGCUGCUGGUUUUGCAGGAAGCGGAUGGGGCUCCAUGGGGAGAGGAUGUGUCAGUGGGGCGGCUCCAGCUCUCGGUUCACUUUCCCUGGAUGCCGCGCGUAGGAUGCGCCGGGCAGGGGGGGCCUGAGAGGAGAUUCUGGCCCCGGGCAGGCAGUGAGUAGAUUCAGUCUCAGUAAGUGCAUCAAGGCGCUUACGCUCGGGCAGACCCUGGAUGUGAUGCGUGUUGGGCAGACAACACUACAGAGGAUCGUUUCAGGGGGCAAGGCAAAGAUGCCACAUUUAUUAUGAUAACAAUUUGAUCUACAACCACUAGCUAAUACCUUUAUAUAUGUGUGUGUGUGUGUGUGUGUAUGUGUGUGUGUGUGUACACAUACACACACACACACACGUUACCAGUCCUGAACCUAGCGUGAGUCCGUGGCUUGAUUUCGCAGCUUGGGUUCGUAGCUGGUGGCGGUAACUGGCCAGGAAAGCCAGGCACAAGGAAGGGCUGGGUCUGCCCUCCCAUGUUGGCAGCAGAAUGUUACCCUCCAAAGUUUCCCAUCUCACCCAUCCUUUUUGUAGGCUUUAGUUUGAAUCCAGAGUCUACAGGUCUUGCUGUGUCACGCUGCCUUUGGGUUCGGUGUGAUUGAUCACCCGUCAAUUGCAGACGUGACUUUCAGCCUCGGACCUGGCUUUGAUGUUUCUUCUGUUGUACCUUUGUUCUUUUCUUUUUAGGGUGGACUCUGCUUACUUUGUUAGGGCUCUU